CUUCAAUUGUUUGUUGUCAUCCGUUGUUGUUCCCAUGGGCGGGCGGGACGCUUAAACAGUCGAUGAUGGUCUCACAUGAUAAAGUUUAACAGGAGCCUCGUCGUGUAUAACUGUCAAGAUGCCACCCAAGAAGCAGAAGGACCCUACAGCAAACAUCUCCAGCUCUAUCGAGUCUGAGGACUUCAGUCUAGAGACAACAGUCCCUACAGAGGACAUCUCGUCCUCGGAUGAGAAAGAUGGCGCAGGGAAGGUCACAAAACAGCUCCUGGAAAGAAAAGAGCUGCUCCAUAACAUUCAAAAACUAAAGAUAGAGCUGUCACAGAAAAAUCUGCUCAUAGACAACCUUAAAAUGGACCACCUGACCAAGAUAGAAGAGCUGGAAGAAAGGCUGAAUGAUGCUAUCCAUCAGAAACAGCUGCUCGCUCUGCGUCUGGACAGCCAGCUCAAACUGCAGCAGGAUGAAAACAGGAAGCAACAAGCCCUGAGGAAGCAGGAGAUGGACACCAUUAUGCUCAGACAGAAGCAGCUGGAAGAGACAAACCAUCAGUUGUGUGAACGAGCAGGGGACCUCCGCAGGAGUCUGAGGGACCUGGAGCUGUCUGAGCAGAAGUACGGCGAGCUGAAGGAACUCCCUGAGGACAGACUCUCCAUCCCUGAAUAUGUGGCAGUUCAGUUCUAUGAGGUUGUGAACCCUCUGAGGAUGCUUGUGACUGAGCUACAGGUGAAAAAGACCAACCUGACUGAGGAUCUGGAAAGCCACCGCAACCAAAUAAGAUCAUUAAUGGAGAGUUAUGAGGAUGAGAGGAGAGCACGCUCAGAGCUGGAGAUCCGCUGCCAGAGACUCACACUGGAACUUGCUGACACAAAGCAGCUUAUUCAGGAAGGAGACUACAAACGAGAGAACUAUGACAAAAUCAAAUGGGAGAGAGAUGGGAAUGAAACUGAGCUCAGAGAUUUGAGGAAGAAGUUAGAGAUGCUGGACCUCACACACACUGCCAUGACUAAAGAGAGGAAUGAACUAACUAAAGAGGUAGCCACUCUUCAGCAGUCAGUAACAUUGAUGCAGAAGGAUAAGGAAUAUCUUAACAGGCAGAACAUGGAGCUCAAUGUGCGUUGUGCUCAUCAAGAAGACCGUCUAGACAGAUUGCAGACUCAGCUUGAGGACACCAAGAAGGCGAGAGAAGACGCCUAUGAAAAAUAUGUGGCAUCUAGAGAUCACUAUAAGACCGAGUAUGAAAAUAAACUGCGUGAUGAACUGGAGCGCAUUCGUCUGAAGACCAGUAAUGAGAUCGAGAGCCUACAGAGGGCAUCUAAAGAGAUGUACGAGAGAGAGAACAGAAACCUUCGUGAAACCCGAGAUAAUGCUGUCAUUGAGAAAGACAGAGCUUUAAAUGCAGAAAGAGAUGCCCAGGCCAAAUAUGAUCAACUCCUGGAGCAGUUCAGGCAGUUGCAGCUGGGUUCAGACAGCAGGGUGGCAGAACUGCUUAACCAGUUGAAGCUGAAAAUGUUUGAGUCGGAGCGUGCCCAGAUGGUCCAGGAGGAGACGGGCAGGAAUCUCAGUCUUUGUCAAAUUGAGUGUGAAAAACACCAGAAAAAACUGGAGGUUCUAACAAAAGAGUUUUACGGGCUACAGACCUCAUCAGAGAAGCGCAUCACUGAACUGCAGGCCCAGACUUCUGAGCAGCAAGCACGACUGGAGACUUACGAGCGAUUGGAAAAGGAGCUAGACGAUGUCACCAUGCAGGCUGCAGAAAUGGAAAAUGAAGAUGAAGCAGAGAGGGUGCUGUUUUCAUAUGGUUAUGGUGCAAACAUUCCAACAACUGCCAAGAGAAGACUAAAGCAAAGUGUACACUUGGCACGUAGGGUUCUGCAGCUUGAGAAACAGAACACACUGCUUAGGAGAGACCUGGAAAGACAGAAAGUGCACAGCAGUCAAAUCUCUGAACAGUUGGAGGCGGCAAACCAGCUUCUUCAGCAGGCCCAGCAGCCACACAGCUACCUGAUUGAGACUGUGCAGAAAAGAGACACUCAGAUACACACAAUUAAAGAGCGUGUCACACAGUUAGAAGAGGAAGUGAGCUCACUACGGAAAGAGAAGAUCGCUCUACUGCAGGUGAAAAACAACAUGGCUGCGGAUCUGGAGAGGCUCCUGAACCACAGAGAGGAACUGUCAGUGAUGAAGCAAGUCCUGAUUAGCAUGCAUUCACAGCAGCAUGGCGGUCUUGAGACAGAGGGUGUCUCUACAGCAGUUCACAGACCCAAACUGUUAAAAAGCACUGUUGAGGAGCAAGACAACCAUGAACCAAAGCCCACUGUGUUUACCAAUAAAGAGGCUCCAGAUUGGUACAGAAAACUCAAACGGAAAACCAAAUGAGAGACUUGUUCAGCUGGUUUUAGAGUGUUUAGAGGAUUCUACUUGUCAUGCAAUCAUUGAUGAACAUAUGUUUGUUAUAGAGAAGCUAUUACAUAACUAGUUACACAGGUUUUUACAGUAGCCAU